AUGCCGGAGCUCCUGACCUUCGUGGAGGGAAUGGUGCUCGGUUUGCGAGCGGUGGCCACGAGUUUGCUCAUGCUAGUUGGUGUCAUUUAUGUGUUCGGCAUAACUUUCACGCAGCUGCUGGGGGACACCGAGGCAGGGAAAGGGUGCUUCGAGACUGUGCUGACGUCUAUGCAUUUUCUGUUCCUCACAGCACUUUGCAGCAUCGACAAGAGUUUCAUCAUAAAAAUGUUAGAUGCAGGUUGGCUUUACUGGCUCCUCUGGUUAUCAUUCCUAUUGAUCGCCAAUCUCACGAUCAUGAGGAUGCUGACGGGCGUUAUCUUGAAUCAGACGAAUGCUGUCAAUGCCAAAUGGAAAGACCAAAGCAAGAAGCUUGCCAUGGAAAAGCAACUCGGGGAGACCCUUUCUCAACUGGAUGCAGAUAAUAAUGGAAUUGUCACUGAGAGCGAGUUCACGCUGCUCUUCCAGAACCCAUCUCUCCUCAAUCAACUAUCAAAUUUGGAUGUGGACCUUGAAACGUUUUCGGAUGCGAUGCUGGAGGAUUGGCCAGCCGGAGAUGCGUCGAUCAGCUAUAUCGUCGAUAAGGUUUUUACUUACCGCGGUUCCAACACAGCCACCUUUAGGGACGUGAUCGAUUCCCGGCGAGCCCAACAGAGGAUGCAUGCGAAGCAGACAAGAGUUCUCGAGGGCAUUUUGCUUGGCGCGCAGACCGUGACGCGAUGA